GUUAAAUCCACGCAGUCUGCGUGAUUGAUAAAAGUGUACAGAAUCUAAAUAGUUAUAAAAUAAUAUUAUAACAAUCAGUUACUUGUCGUCGAAUACAAUAAAUUUCUCCGUGAAGUUAAGAUUUUUGUGCUUCAUUAAUAACAACUACAAUGAUGGAUCCAUUUAGAAUGCCUAGUUCAGUGCCUCUUGAUUAUGCAAAAGCUGUUCAAGAAACAAUUUUGAAGAUGAAAGAUGUAGUGGAAACUAGGAGUAAUAGCUACAUGUGGUCAUUGAAUGAUUUUGAAGUUGGAGCACCACUAGGAAGAGGAAAAUUUGGCAGAGUAUACUUAGCCAGAGAUAAAAAUACUCAUUACAUGGUUGCUUUAAAAACUCUUUUCAAAACUGAGCUUAUUAAAUCAAGAGUGGAAAAGCAAGCUCUUAGAGAAAUAGAAAUUCAGUCUCAUUUAAGACAUCCAAACAUUCUUCAACUACUUACUUACUUUCAUGAUGAGAAAAGAAUAUAUCUUGUUUUGGAAUUUGCUGCAAGAGGUGAAUUAUAUAAAGAACUAAAACGACAACCAAAAGAAAGAUUUAGUGAACAUUUAUCAGCCAAAUAUACGUAUCAAGUCGCUGAUGCAUUAGAAUAUUGCCAUCAGAACAAUGUUAUUCACCGUGAUAUUAAACCAGAAAACUUACUUUUAACUCAUAAUGGUGAUAUUAAAUUAGCUGAUUUUGGUUGGUCUGUGCAUGCGCCAUCAAACAAACGCAAUACCAUGUGUGGUACACUUGAUUAUUUACCUCCUGAAAUGGUCAGUGGACAAAAAUAUGACAUCUUUGUAGAUCAUUGGUGUCUAGGAAUUCUAUGUUAUGAAUUUCUAGUUGGACGUCCACCAUUUCUUAGUGAUACCUCUGAUGAAACAUAUGAUAAAAUUAAAAAAGUAGAAAUUCCAUGGCCACCACAGAUUACACCAGGUGCUAAAGAUUUAAUAUCAAGACUAAUUAAACGUAGAAGUCAGGACAGAAUCCCUUUAAGAGAAGUUAAAAAACAUUUUUGGAUUUUGGAGAACAAAGAUGAUCCUAAAUAACUAUUUAGUGUAUGUCUUAAAAAAUUCUUUAAUAUUUUUUAUACCUAUAAUUUAUUCUAAUUUUUAUAUUACAUUUACUUAUCUUAUGAAAUUCUAUUUACAUAUUUCAUCAUGACUACUUUUAAAAUAAAAUGUUAUUUAAAUUAUAUUCACAAUAAAACAUUCAUUCCUUUAAA